UAGUCUAAAACAGAGUUUAACUGAGCACAUGAUGAUUCAUACUGGUGAAAAGCCGUUUUCAUGUGUGAACUGUGGGAACAGUUUUAAUCGAAAACGCAGUUUAACUCAGCACAUGAUGAUUCAGACUGGUGACAAGUCAUUUUCAUGUGUGACCUGUGGAAAAAGUUUCAGUGGAAAAUAUAAUUUAACUCAGCACAUGAUGAUUCAUACUGGUGAAAAGCCAUUUUCAUGUGUGACCUGUGGGAAAAGUUUUAUUCGAAAACAGAGUUUAACUCAGCACAUGAUGAUUCACACUGGUGACAAGUCAUUUUCAUGUGUGACCUGUGGAAAAAGUUUCAGUGGAAAAUAUAAUUUAACUAAGCACAUGAUGAUUCACACAGGUAAAAAGCCGUUUUCAUGUGUGACCUGUGGAAAAAGUUUUCUUCAAGAACCGCAUUUAACUAGGCACAUGAUGAUUCACACUGGUGAAAAGCCGUUUUCAUGCGUGACCUGUGGAAAGAGUUUUCUUCAAGAACCGCAUUUAACUAGGCACAUGAUGAUUCACACUGGUGAAAAGUCAUUUUCAUGCGUGAACUGUGGAAAAAGUUUCAGUGGAAAAUAUAAUUUGACUCAGCAUUUGAGGAUUCACACUGGUGAAAAGCAGUUUUCAUGUGUGACCUGUGGGAAAAGUUUUAUUCGAAAACAUGAUUUAACUCAGCACAUGAUGAUUCACACUGGUGAAAAGCCGUUUUCAUGUGUGAACUGUUUAAAAAGUUUUAGUCAUAAAGCAAAUUUAACUAAGCACAUGAGGAUUCACAAUGGUGAAAAGCCGUUUUCAUGUGUGACCUGUGGAAAAAGUUUUAUUCGAAAACAGGAUUUAACUGAGCACAUGAUGAUUCACACUGGUGAAAAGCCGUUUUCAUGUGGAAAUUGUGGAAAACGUUUUUGUCAAAAAAACCAUUUAAUUCGGCACAUGAGGAUUCACACUGAAAAGCCAUUUUCAUGUGUGACCUGUUUCAAAAGUUUUAGUCAUAAACAGUGUUUAAUUCGGCACAUGAUGCGUCACACAGUUGAAAAGCUGUAGAAGUAUGUUCCAUAAAUGUCCUAUGUUGUAUUUGUUAAAUGUGAUCAUUUUGA